UCUCACGUGACCAAGAGCUGACGUGUGCAGAAGUCCUUCUUGUCCUGGUCGUUGUUCCCAUCUGAGUACCAGCUCCAAAUUGCCAGGAGGGUGGGUGGGCUUGUCGCAGAGGAAAGAAGGAGGAGGAGAAGGAAAUUGUCCCGGAUCCCUGCAGUCUUUCUGUAGGGUGCAGCAAAACGCCAGGCAAGAGAAGAGGAAGGAAAUUAACCCUUAUCAGCGAAGGCUGAGGGUCUGCUGUGGCAGGUGGCACUGUUAGAAGCGAGGGAGGAAGUUUCCCAGGAUCUUUGGAGAUCAGAAAGAUCGUUGGGCGUGGCACAUCUCCAGGGAAGGGAAGAAGGGGCAAAGUGCCUGUGUCAAGGAGGUCCACCUCCAGAAUCAGCUCUUGUGACGGAGAAGUGACAGAAGAUCAGCUUCUCUAGCCCUGCACCCAGGCUCACAGCCCUCUUCCCCCAUCCCGAGUGACUACUUAAUUCCUUGGUCCCUGCUCUUGUCAGGGACGAUUGCAUGGGCUACGCCAGGAAAGUAGGCUGGGUGACCGCAGGCCUAGUGAUCGGGGCUGGUGCCUGCUAUUGUAUUUAUAGACUGACUCGAGGAAGAAAACAGAACAAGGAAAAAAUGGCUGAGGGUGGCUCCAGGGAUGUGGAUGAGGCUGGGGCCAGAUAUAACGACUGGUCUGACGAUGAUGACGACAGUAAUGAUAGCAAGAGUGUAGUAUGGUACCCACCUUGGGCCCGGAUCGGAACGGAGGCAGGCACCAGAGCUAGAGCCAGGGCAAGGGCCAGGGCUACCCGGGCACGUCGGGCUGUCCAGAAACGGGCUUCCCCCCAUUCAGAUGAUACUGUUUUGUCCCCUCAAGAACUACAAAAAAUUCUUUGUUUGGUUGAGAUGUCCGAAAAGCCUUAUAUUCUUGAAGCAGCUUUAAUUGCUCUGGGUAACAAUGCUGCUUACGCAUUUAACAGAGAUAUUAUUCGUGAUCUGGGUGGUCUCCCAAUUGUUGCAAAGAUUCUCAAUACCCGGGAUCCCAUUGUCAAGGAAAAGGCUUUAAUUGUCCUAAAUAACCUGAGCGUGAAUGCUGAAAAUCAGCGCAGGCUUAAGAUAUACAUGAAUCAAGUGUGUGAUGACACAAUCACUUCUCGCUUGAACUCAUCUGUGCAGCUGGCUGGCCUAAGAUUGCUUACAAAUAUGACUGUUACUAAUGAGUAUCAGCACAUGCUUGCUAAUUCCAUUUCAGACUUUUUCCGUUUAUUUUCAGCUGGAAAUGAAGAAACUAAGCUUCAGGUUUUGAAACUGCUUUUGAAUUUGGCUGAAAAUCCAGCUAUGAGUAGAGAACUGCUCAGGGCCCAAGUACCAUCUUCUCUGGGUUCCCUGUUUAAUAAGAAGGAGAACAAAGAGGUUAUUCUUAAACUUCUGGUUGUUUUUGAGAAUCUGAAUGAUAAUUUCAGAUGGGAAGAAAAUGAAGCUACUCAGAAUCAGUUUGGUGAAGGUUCACUCUUUUUCUUUUUAAAAGAAUUUCAAGUGUGUGCUGAUAAGGUUCUGGGAAUAGAAAGUCACCAUGAUUUUUUGGUGAAAGUAAAAGUUGGAAAAUUCAUGGCUAAACUGGCUGAGCAUAUGUUCCCAAAGAUUCAGGAAUGACUUCCUGACUUUGUAGUUUAGAAACAACAUACGUUAUAAACUAUUCCUUUUCUCAACCUUGUUUAUAUGGUGGAGGAAUCCUUUUAGCUUCCAAUUUUGAGUAAUAAAUGUUAUAUUGUAUUAUCCAUGCUGAUAUUUAACCAGGUUGAUUUUUUGGUUUAAGCUGGAUGAAUAUCAUUACUUGUUCUGAAAACAUGUUUUUUUGCUUUUUAUCUUGCUGCUUAGAUUGAAAUAUUCUUACUAUUUCUUCUGCAUAAGUGACAGUGAACCAAUUAGCCCUAAGUAAACUCUGUCAUUUGCAUUGAUUUCAUUUAUGUAUCAUCAAUAAAGCUGUGUGUUAAUGCUGGAAAGAAAAAAAAA